GUUCGGGCCGGGAGCAGGCGGAACGUUUCUGUCACACCACCAAUUAACCUGAGCGGCGGGGACCAUUUAGGCCUCCGCGCACCGCUCCUCGCGGGUGCUGCAGUUUACUUGGGGGCAGCGCAAGCGGGCGUGGGGAUUCUCCUUGUUUCUGCCUUCGUCGUGGGCAGCGCACCAUGGACGUGCUUGCGGAAGAGUUUGGGAACCUGAGCCCGGAGCAACUGGCUGCGCCCAUCCCCACUGUAGAGGAAAAAUGGAGGCUGCUUCCAGCGUUUUUAAAGGUGAAAGGCCUUGUAAAACAGCAUAUAGAUUCAUUCAACUAUUUCAUUAACGUGGAGAUAAAGAAGAUCAUGAAAGCCAACGAAAAGGUCACAAGCGAUGCCGACCCCAUGUGGUACCUAAAGUAUCUUAAUAUCUAUGUGGGACUUCCUGAUGUUGAAGAAAGCUUCAAUGUAACUAGACCAGUAUCCCCUCAUGAGUGCCGUUUGCGGGACAUGACGUACUCUGCCCCCAUCACAGUGGAUAUUGAAUAUACCCGAGGCAGCCAGAGGAUCAUCCGGAACGCCUUACCCAUUGGCAGGUGGGAAAUGAUGUCCGAGUUGGAGCCACACUGCCUGCAUUCUAGCCCUGUGGGUGACCUUGAGCAAGCAUUAAAAUAUAUAGGGAACAAAGUAAGGAGGCAAAGGAUGUGGGGAGGUGGACCAAAGAAGACAAAGAUAGAAGAGGCAAGAGAGCUCCUGGCUUCUACCAUCCUGACGCACGUGCCGGUUAAAGAAUUCAAUUUCCGAGCGAAGUGUAUCUACACUGCUGUGAUGGUGCGAAGAGUAAUUCUGGCCCAAGGAGAUAAUAAAGUGGAUGACCGAGACUACUAUGGUAACAAGCGAUUGGAGUUGGCAGGACAGCUUUUAUCACUACUUUUUGAAGAUUUAUUCAAAAAAUUUAAUUCUGAAAUGAAGAAGAUUGCAGACCAGGUGAUUCCUAAGCAAAGAGCAGCUCAGUUUGAUGUCGUGAAGCACAUGCGUCAGGACCAGAUUACCAACGGCAUGGUGAAUGCCAUUUCUACAGGAAAUUGGUCUCUAAAGAGAUUUAAAAUGGACCGCCAGGGUGUGACUCAAGUUCUCUCUCGCUUGUCUUAUAUAUCCGCACUGGGCAUGAUGACAAGAAUCUCUUCUCAGUUUGAAAAAACAAGGAAAGUGAGUGGUCCUCGUUCCCUCCAGCCGUCUCAGUGGGGAAUGCUCUGUCCUUCGGACACUCCUGAAGGGGAGGCUUGUGGUUUGGUGAAAAACUUGGCCCUUAUGACACACAUCACAACUGACAUGGAAGACGGACCCAUUGUUAAAUUAGCCAGUAAUCUGGGGGUAGAAGAUGUGAAUUUAUUAUGUGGAGAAGAGCUCUCUUAUCCAAAUGUGUUUCUCGUCUUUCUCAAUGGUAACAUCCUGGGUGUCAUUCGAGACCACAGGAAGCUGGUGAAUACGUUUCGCCUGAUGCGAAGAGCAGGAUAUAUCAAUGAGUUCGUUUCCAUCUCAACAAAUCUCACAGAUCGAUGUGUCUAUAUUUCCUCUGAUGGAGGAAGGCUGUGCAGACCCUACAUAAUUGUUAAGAAACAGAAGCCUGCAGUCACAAACAAGCAUAUGGAAGAGCUGGCUCAGGGAUACAGGAAUUUUGAAGAUUUCUUACAUGAGAGUCUGGUUGAAUAUUUAGAUGUGAAUGAAGAAAAUGACUGCAACAUCGCACUCUAUGAACAUACAAUUAAUAAGUAAGUAGGAUCCAUAACAACCAUGAUUAAAACCUGUUCUGAUUAAAUCACCUUUUCAUAUCAUCUCUUCUGUUGUGUUGCCUCUUAGUAGGAGCUGUUAGAAGUAUACUGUCCUAUAAUAAACA